UCUCGACACAAAAUUAUUUCGUGUCAGCGAGGCUACAUUGCGUAUGGGAAGUGAAGUGGCAGUUUUGUAGGUAUUUUCCUGCAAUUUUACCCGAUCCCACGCGUUUUCGGCUUCCUGUUCAUAUCAGUACGACACCGGAACAGCGCCUCAGUCAAAAUGACCGAACCAGAAGUAACAAUUAAUGUCCAGGACGUCAGCGACGGUUUAACAUCUGACGACGUGAACGUCAACAGCGUUCUUACGAUCAUUAAUGAAACCGUGGCCUCAAAGUCGCUUCCGGUACUCCGUGUUGAGAAAUUGAAGGACGAUUUGAACAGCAGUUCGUCCUACAUCAGUGGCGACGACGAUCAUAGCCACCAUGAAGGCUCGGAUGACCCUGAGGGCAGUAAAAAUGAGGAGCCAGAAUUUGUGGCACCAAGUGAUGAAUUGCGGGAUAAAAUUAUUAAUCAGGUCGAAUUCUACUUCUCUGAUGAAAACAUCCUUAAAGAUGCUUUUCUUUUGAAGCAUGUCAGACGUAACAAGAUGGGCUACGUAAGCAUAAAACUCGUAACUUCAUUUAAAAAGAUGAAAAGUCUAACAAAGGAUUAUCGUGUGGUUGCUUACAGUCUUAGACAGUCAGAUAAACUAGAAGUGAAUGAAGAAGGAAGAAAAGUGAGAAGAAAAAAUCCUUUGCCUGAAUAUGACGAAACAACACCAUCAAGGUCUGUUGUUGCUAUAAAUUUGCCAAUGGAAAACCCAACAAUUGAGAACAUUGCUGAAAUGUUUUCAAAAUGUGGUGAAGUUGCUUUGAUCAGAAUUUUAAAACCAAAUAAGCCAAUACCACAGGAUAUCAAGAAAUACAGCAAUAAGCAUCCUGAGAUCGGGACAAGUACAUGUGCUGUUAUUGAAUUUGAGAAGCAUGAAUAUGCGCAAAAAGCUGUUAAAUCUAUGACAGACAAGGAAGAUUGGAAAAAGGGUAUGAGGGUAGUUGUUCUUGCAGAAACAAAGAAAAAGAAUGAAAAAACUACUAAAGACAAUGCUCGGGCUGACAAUGGGGAAUCUCGUGAAGGUGGUGGUGGUGAUGAUACAAAAAGGAAGAAACGGGGUGGAAAGAAGCACAAAAACAAGCAUUUGGAUGCUGCCCAGGAUGAUUCCUCAUGCUACAGUAGUGGAUCAGAUUAUGACCCACCAACGCGCUCGUCUCUUAGUCCCAAUAAUUUUGAUGGAAACAAGCUGAGUCCAUCAAAUAGUCCGCGUUCUAGUCCUCGCUCAAGUCCCAUGACGAGUCCCAGAAGUCAGCGAAGGCGUGUUCAGCAUGGUAAAUCACCAUUAGCAGAGCACAGUCCAAAUGGAAGCCCAAGGCCAAGUCCUAGAAGCAGUCCUGAAUCUUCCAGGAAACGCUACGACAAUUCCUCGGGUGGAGAUAACAGCAGCCCAUCUAGCCCAUGGGUUCAAAGACGUUUAAAGGCGGCACAGGAAAUAAACAUGAGCCCACUUGCAGUGAGUCCGUCGGGAAGCCCUAUGUUUGCGAGACGUGGUGCUGAUGGACCUAGAAAACUGGCUGACCUUGAUGGCGUUGUUAGACAGCCCAAAGGUCCUGAUGGUACACGUGGCUUCCAUCUUGGCAGAGGAAAACCAAGAGCAAGUACCAUUUCAUAGGUACUUAAUAAUGUUGUGAAGUACAUUUCUUAGAUGCCAUUGUUGUCAAAAAAGGCAGUGAUAUAUGGUGUGCAUAUUUAGAGUCUUCUUAUCGUUGAAGAUGUUCAUUUGCCAACAUGUUUGCAAAAGUUGUUUAAUUGUUUUGCGUGCUGUUGUUGAUUAAAGUGAUAGUGAGGUAUAUUUUACAACUUAAACUAUGUAGUGACUGUGCUUUUUUAUUGUAGUCACAUUUAAUACCAGAUUUAUUGAACUGAAAAAAGAAUUGUAUUGCAAAGAUUAAUGUUUGUGCAAUCCAUGUAAAUACUGCAUUAUGUAAUGAAGAAAACAAGACUUCAAAUAAAGUGGUUAUUACAUUCCAUUUCUGCUCCCCGCGUAUGUUCAACAAAAUAAAGGAUAAAUUGUUGAGUGGUUGCUAUUAUUGCUAUGAAAAUUGUGAUGUAAAAAUAGUUAAUCUGUUUGAUAUCAUGUUUAUUGCUGUUGUUUUUAUGGAGUCUUUUAAUGUAAGUUCAUUUCAUAUGCAUGCAAUUUUCAAAUCUUGCUGUGCAUUAGUGUAUGACAAUUGAUUCUUUUACUCAAAUAAAAACACUGAAACUGUUUUCUUAAGAGAGAUACUUGAAACAAAAUAUUUCUGAGUCUGACACAGAUCACAUUUAAACUUCAGCUUUAUUUAGUCAUGUAAAAAGUAGAAGUACUUUUUAACAGGCCUUGUUGAAUGUGAAAGUGUUUUCAAUAAAUGUCCUUGUUGUGUUAUUGGUAUGCCUGUAAGUCUUUGUUUUGAUUUAUAUAUGAUGUUAUUUUUUGUUUUUACCAAAAGUCAUGUUUAAUUAUAUGAGUCGUGUUCUGAGAAAACUUGGAAUAAUGCAUGUGCGUAAAGUGUCGUCCCAGAUUAGCCUGUGCAGUCUGCAUAGGCUAAUCAGGGACGUCACUUUCCGCUUUUAUGACAUUUUUCGUUUAAAUGAAGUCUCUUCUUAGCAAAAAUCCAAUUUAGGAGGAAAGUGUCGUCCCUGAUUAGCCGGUGCGAACUGCACAGGCUGAUCUGGGAUAACACUUUCCGCACAUGCAUUAUGCCCAGUUUUCUCAGAACGCGACUCAUAUUAUUUCCAAUAUUUAGGAACAGCCAGAUUGGUUAAGAAGAUAAUAAGACUGUAAACAAAAAGUGUUGUUUUUAAUAUGUGUGAGGGGUAAAGGCCCAUGUAGAAUUCAGUUAAGACGCAAGAUAAACUUGGAUGCUUACUUCUCCAAAGGAGAACUCUGUAAUUAAUAUCAAAACACAUUUGAUAUUAUAAUUUGUUAUGUUUAUUACAAUAUAUUAAUUUGUACUCCCAGUCAAAUAUUUGCAUCUACAUGUAUAUUUUUGGAUGUUUUUUAUUUAUUUGUAUUUAUUGUUUUAGGUGCCUCAUGUUUUUUGUGAUUGUGAAUAUAAAAUGUUCAAAACAUUUUAUGUAAAAUCACUGAAUGUUAAUCAAACCUUGAUAUUGGGGCACUUAUAAUGCUUUGUUAUUUAAGUACUAGAACAUGUAGUACAUAACACAGAACUAAUUAAUGAAUUAUUAUAAUGAAAACACUGCUCUUGACAAUGAUUCAUUAUCUGCCUUUUGAUAUAGCCUAGGUUAUAAAACAUCAUGACAUUUAUAUAGUGGCUAUUACUUUCUUUGGUCUUGAAAGUUUUUAUGAUAAGUGGACCAUAACUGGUUAUAAAGUAGCAAGUACUAACAAACUUAAUCCAAGAAUGGCAAAGUUCGUUACAAAGUAGUUCGGUUUAAAGGAUUUACUUUCAUAAUCAACUACCUUUACCAAUUAAAGCUAUAAAUUUGAUGUCUUGUCUGUUAGUAAGAGGCAAUUUGUGUCAAACUUAAGCAGUGCUCACGCUGCUGCCAGACAUUAUCGCCAAUGGCGAUUAUUUUAUCCAACUGGCUAUUAUUUCUUAAAAUUGUCUAGAAAAAAUGGCGAUUAUUUUAUCCUCCUACAUCAAAAAACAAAUUGCCUCUUAAUGUUGUCCGGCAAAUGCGAAACGCCUGCAAAUCGGGCCAUCAAGCAGGAAAAAUCGAUAAACGAGAUUACCUGUGUACACACUCGACCCUGUGUAUUGUCAUACACGCGUCAAUAACUUUUGCGACAUUGUGGCCUGGAGCGUUUUUCUCCAUCAGUGUCCGACAGCAGUGAUAUAUUUCGGAAAAAACGUUUUUAAUCUCCCCGUGCUUUACCAAUUAUCGGUAACUAUUAGAAUUUUGAUAAAUUUUCGCCAAUUAUUAUUUAAUCGUCAUGAAAUCGCCGCUUAUAUUGUCGGCUGGUUUAGUUUUUCACGCCGUUUUUUCUGCAAUUAGAUUACGUUGAACAUUGCUUGAUGAAAUAAUUAUUUAAUCGCCAUCAACUAAUUAUCCCCGUAAUUACCGCUGUUGUCGUCUGCUUUAACAUAAUGAUUUCAAUUUUUAACCAGGUAACCUGGUUUUUCCAAUUCAAAGGGACCCGGCAUAUUCCAUGGCCAGCAAGCACGUGUUUGGAAUUACACUGAGGUGGUGUAUUUUAACUCACGCGCUGUGACGUUAAUUGAUGGAAUAAAUCAUUUACAAUUGAUAUUGGCCUCUGCCUACAAUAUUGCGGCCGAUGGCAAACGUCGUAUAAAGAGAUAAAGUAGUCGAACGAUAUGCACAUUUUAGAUUAUGCAUAUUAAUAUUUUAUAUUAUGCAUAUUUCAUGUGCAAAACGCGUACAAUUUUUCGGAUUACCGUUUUCGGAUUCUGUAUUUUUUCGUCGAUUAUGAUUUAUUUUCGAAGUUCAUAAUAGCAAAAAUAGAAUGACGAAUACAUAUGCGGUGAUACGGAAGGUGUGGUUGAUAAUAUUUCGAGUUGUAUUCACCAAAAAUUGCAAUUGGAAAAACUAUAAAAAAUAGUAUAGCCCAGGGCUCUGGGUGGGUUGGGGCCUCUGCCCUUAAUUCUUAUGUGUAUGUAACUGGAGCUUAGAUCUGGUUUGUUAAGUCACACCCACAACAUUGAAUGUAUUCUUUAUUGUAAAGCCAUGAUAAUAUUUUAUAAGAAAAUGACACACUGAUAUUAUGCUUGUUUUUAAGUAUAUAUUUAUAUUAUAACUUAAAACCAAUAGAUAUACAUUUCAUAAAACAUAGAUAAAAUGAGA